ACUACACAUUUUGUGCACAAGAAAGAGCUUAAGGCCGCUGCGCGAUACCAACAAAUCUUCCUGCUGCGCGGGGCUCUGGCUCCUCCCAAAAAACAAUUGUCUCAUGUUACUAUAGUCCAAAGUAGCAAAAAUGAACAAUGAUGACUUCCGAAGACUGCUGGCAACGCCCAGGGCGGAACGCUUUGGCGGGGAGACACCCGCAGCAGGCAAGUCUGGGCAGGCGCAGGCGCAGGCCAAAGCCAAACCCACGGGCGAGUACCGGCCCAAGCCCAAGCCGGGCUUCAAGAAGCCGACUGACAAGAAGAAGGAGGAUGAGGACGAGGACGGGCCCAAGUACAGGGACCGCGCGGAGGAGCGCCGCCGCGGCAAGAACAGCGACUACGAGGACGCGUCCGCGGUGCUGUCUGCUCUGGGGGGCAGCGGCGGCGGCGGCGGGGCGGGUGGCGGCGGGCCCCUGGGCCCCGACAUUGGCCAGGUGGAUCUGAGCAAGCUGUCGGAGGAGGAGACCAAGUACCUGGGAGGCGACAUGCGCUUCACCCAUCUGGUGAAGGGUCUGGACUACGCCCUGCUGCACAAGACGCGGUCGGAGAUCACCAAGAAGGGAGACAGCGACGAGGAGGAUGAGGAGCACGGCGAGGGGCACGGUGCGCGGAAGGAGGCGUCACGAGAAGCGGCGGCGCGGGCGGCCGCCAAGGCCAACGCAGCGGCGGGGCGCAAGGAGGAGGUCCGCUUUGUGACGCCGCUGGCUCGCUCCGUCUUCAGCACCCUGUUCGCGCCGCCGCGCGCCUCCAACGUGCGGGAGAUGUACGGCCCCCGCCGUACGGCCUUUGUGUACGACUUCGACAACGAGGACUCGCCCGACACCGACGUGCCCACCACACUGCGCCGGCCCAAGAGCGAGUGCCCGCAGGUGGCUGAGACGCUGUUUGCGGCGGUGGACAACGCGGUGUUGGAGCGCAUCGCCAAGAUCAUGAGCUAUGUGCGCACCACCGCGGACGGCAAGAAGCUCAAGAAGAAGGACCGCGACGCGCUGCUGGGCAUCAAGUCUGAGGCAGACGCCGCCGAGAAGGACCUCGCCGGCGUCUCGCCUGGCGCCCCGGCCUCGGCCGCGGCCGCGGAGCCCGCCAAGCCGGCCGCCCCCGUGGACGACGAUGAAGACAUAUUCGGAGACGCCGGCACCGACUACCAACCCACCACCAAGGGGGCGAAGGCCAAGGAUGCGGCGGCUCCACCGGGCGCCAGGCGGCCGGACGGCUCCUACUUUGACACCAAGGACACCAUGGACGACAUCGCGCUGCCCGGCACCCGUCUCAGGCGGCCGGGCGGCGGGGCGGACCAAGGCGCAGAUGGAGGCGGCGGCGGCGGCGGCGGCGGCGAUGAUGACAUGGACUUGGAGGAGGGCGAGGCGGCGCCGGCGCCGGCACCCGGGCCGCAGCCGCAGGGUUACGGCGGGCAGGCGCAGGUGGUGCAGGGGUACGAUGCGUACGGCAACCCGGUGUACGGCGGGCAGUACGGCGCAGGCGGCGCGUACGGGCAAGCGCCGCAGCAGGCCGCCAACGCCUACGGCACCGCAGAGGAGCCUCGCUGGAGGGCUAGCCGCACGCGAGACGCCAAGGUGAAGGCGGUGCUGGGCGAGGCUGACGGCGAGGACGACGCCUACGCCGAGUACUACCCCGGCAUGGCGGGCUACGCGGGCGCGCUGGCGGACAGCGACGACGAGGGCGACAAGGCCGGCACGGCUGACAUGGACUCCAAGACAGCCAACAAGAGCAAGACACGGGCUGACUUCACCACUGACGAGGAGUACACACGCUACAAGGAGUCGCGCGAGCACAACCCCAAGGCCGCCUACCAGUACGGAGUCAAGCGGGCGGACGGGCGCAAGAGCGGCAAGGAGCUGGAGAAGAGUGCCAUGGUUGAGGCCAAGCAGCGCGACCAGAAGCUGGACGGGCAGCUGCGCAAGAUCAAGGGCAUCAUGGAUGAGAAGGGGCUGGACCACGGCACAGCCUUCGACCGCAAGCCCAAGGAGGACCGCGAGCGCGGGGGCGGUGGAGGAGGGGGUGGGGGUGGCGGAGGCGAGACGCCGGCCCACGGCCGGAAGCGCCUGCGUAUCUAGGAGUGGGAGACUGAGGAUUGAGUAGUUGUACGGAAAGGAGGGGCGGUGUGAAGGAGUGCACUGGGUGAUGCGCUGGCGCCGUUGGGCUUGGGGCCGGGUGGCAGUGUCGGCAGCGAGUGUUGGGCAGGGAAGCGGCGGCAGGAACAUGUGUAGGACCCACGCGUCUGGGCAGUUGUAGUUGACUGCGACGGGCCUGUGGCGGGUGGAAGCCAGGCCGUUGUACGGUAUCAGGACAUGGACAGGACGUACAUGUCCGCCUUUGUAUGUUGUGCAUCGGGGCCAGGGGGGGGUACGAACUAAACCUCC